GUACCUUUUGUCCGACGCAGUUGUUUCGUUGGCGUUUGUAUUGCUCUGUUUACAAUGCAACAGUGCUGUGUUGGGCAGUCUCAAAGUUCUGACCAACUUAAAGGCGAAAUUCCAAGAUCUUGCUGCGGAGGAGGCGGCGGCGGCGGCUAUCCUGCUGUUGCUCGCGGCCAAAGCGACGAUGCUGUGCGAGAUACUGUGCGAGAGUUCUACGGACAACUUGUUGCUGGUGAAGACUCGCGGCCGAUACCUCAGUGUCCAACUACAGACAAGUCGUGGCCUAAACACAUCAGAGACGCUGCAGCACAGUGUCAUGAUGAAGUAGUGAGCAAGUACUUUGGCUGUGGUCUUGCCAUUCCGGACUGUCUUGAUGGAAUGCAGGUGCUAGAUCUGGGCAGUGGUUCAGGCCGGGACUGUUUCGUCAUCAGCAAACUAGUGGGAGAAAAUGGUCAUGUUAUCGGAAUCGAUAUGACAGAUGAACAAUUGUCCCUGGCCAACAAGUACAUUGACUAUCAUACUAAGAAGUUUGGGUUGUCAAAGCCCAAUGUGGAGUUCAGAAAGGGAUACAUUGAGAAGCUUGGCGAGGCAGAUUUGAAGGACAACACUUUUGAUGUCAUUGUUUCAAACUGUGUAGUCAAUUUGUCUCCUGAUAAGAAGGCUGUCUUGCAAGAGGCUCAUCGUGUUUUGAAGCCUGGUGGAGAGCUAUACUUUGCUGACAUUUACACAAACCAGACUCUGUCCGAAAAGGCACGCCAGAGUGAUUUGCUGUGGGGAGAAUGCAUCUCUGGUGCACUUGUGUGGAAAGAUGUCAUCAAAUAUGCUCAAGAAGUUGGCUUUGAAAUACCUCGUCUUGUUACUAGUUACACAUAUGCUGUGCCAUUUGAAUGCGUCCAAAACAUACUAGAAGGAGCAGAGUUUUGUUCUGCCACCUACAGGUUAGUGAAGAAGCGAGAUGGUACUAGUAGUCCAGGGCCUGUUAAAGCUACUUACAAAGGUUCGUUGGCUGAAUGUGGGCAAACUUUUCAGUUUGAUGUAUUUUAUACGUUCAAGGCUGGAAUUCCAGUUGAAGUACCCAAUGAUGUGGCUAGCAUCUUGAAAGCAACACGCUACGGAGCUCACUUUGACUUCGAAGAUAUGCCUGGAGUUACUACAAACAAAGACGAGGACUAUGCCAGGUCUCUGGAUCAGGCUGAUCCUUUUGCAUAUGCUGCCAAAUCAGCGUCAUCCAUAAACAUAUUUACAGAAGAGCACAAGAAAAUUUUUGAGGCUGCUACUGCCAAGUAGUUGGUUGCUGCAUUUCUAGAAAGUCAUAUAUUCUUUGGGUGACUGUGCAGUAAUAACUCUCCACUUUUCACUUUAGAAGAUGUUAGGAAUAUAUUGCAAGUUUACUAUUCUUACAAUUAUUUCAAGAACAUUGGUAUGACAUGUUGUAGGCAUAAACAGACUUUCAUUACAACCAUAUAGAUGCAGCUAUGUUUUGAGUGCAACUAAAAUUGCCACAAACCAUCCUGUCUACUCAAUUAGGAUCAGGGGUUAAAU